AUGCUCAACUUUUAUAAGGCAAAAGCCCCCAGUAUCAGAUUUUCUUCUCUCUAUCUUGAUCAAGGAGAGGAGGUUCUUGAUAUUCAACCCAGUACCAAUACCUAUGUACAGGUCAGCAGCAGUGAAUCCGAACAUCCCAGAGGCCAACUGAUUUUGGCCACCAAGUCCAUCAUGUUCUGUCCUGACGACCUUUCGUUACCAGUGUACCGUAUCUCCACCAAGGAUAUUUCAAAUAUUAAGAAAACUACAUCCAAGACCUUUUCCGUAAAGUGUUCCCUUUUUUCAAUCACAACAGCGCGAGUUUGCUUGAUUGAUAGCAAAGAUCACUCAAAAGUAACGAUUACCAAAAUUGUGAUUGGAGUUCACAAAGAUACCUUCAUUUAUAUUAUGGACCUGUUGGAUAGAAUGCAGCGUCUUGCUGCAGCAGAAGCGAGCAAAGAUGAAGUGCUUGCAAAGAAUCUUCAGUCUGAACUAUUGGAAAUGAGCGAUAAAAACGCACCAAUCAAGACUGAAUGGCUCAUGGACGAACAAGUGCAACACACAAUUUCCUGCUCAAUGAUUGUGUCGUUUGAAAAAGUGAGAGGAAAGUUUGUUGUUACGGAAAAGCGUAUUUACUUUGUGGCAAAUAAUGCCUUCUCAGGGGAACCUCGCAUUAUGAAAUUGUCUUCAUCGAGUGUCUUAUCCAUGGCAAAAACCAAUUAUUUACAGGGUCAAAAGGGAUUGAUCUUGCAUUUGCAUAAUGAAACCUCUUGCCUAUUUCUCUUCAACAAUGAAGAUCAGAGAAAUCAAAUUCAUGAUAGGAUUGCGCAGAGCCAAGUAAAUCUAUUGUCCAAUGAAGAAAUGCUGAGAAGAGAAGAAGAUUUAUGGGUUCGAGGCUGUAUUUCAAACUUUGACUAUCUCACUUCUUUGAACAGAUUGGCAGGAAGAACUCAUAACGAUGUACAUCUUUAUCCAAUUUUCCCAUGGAUUUUCGCUGAUAUGAGCAGUGAAACUCUAAAUUUGGAAGACUCAGCUUGGUUCAGAGACUUGGGAAAGCAUGUUCCAUGCCUUAGUGAGAAAAUGACAAGCAAGUUGGAGAGACCUCUGAGCAACAAUUACUGCAUGAAUUACAUGACUACCAUGAGUUACCUUGUUCGGCCAUAUCCAGAUGUGAUGAUUCACUACAACGAUGGUAAAUUUAUGGAAGGACAGAAUUUGUUCAAGUCUAUCGAAACCACUUGGACCAACAUUCUGAAUGGCUCAGACCCAAAGGAAGCCAUCCCAGAAUUAUACGACGGAAAUGGGUCUGUUUUAGUGAAUUCAAAAGGACUGCCUUUGGGAGGAACAGGAGAUGUAGAGUUGCCAGCUUGGGCAAUAGAUGCCAAGGAUUUUGUCCUAAAGGCCAGAGAAGCCCUUGAAUCCGAAUACGUCUCAAAGAAUUUGCACAAAUGGAUUGAUCUUGUAUUUGGUGUGAAUCAGAACAACUCUGAGCAGGGACAAGUGUAUCCUCAGGCCUGUUUUUCGUCAGAUCAGCCUGUGAGUGCUUCCGUUGGAAUAGCUCCAUCCCAACUCUUCGAUCAGCCACACAAACAGCGAAGUACAAAGCUUCAACGUGCUUCCGAAGAAGUGGCACAUGAAAAAGGUGUGAUCAUUGAGGGUUUGAUGCUAAAACUCAAGAAUGCAAAUGAAAGAUUGCAAGAGAUUGAAAAUAUGAAACAAGAGUUACAAGCCCAACCUUUACACAAUGAAGAGAUGCAACAUGAAAUUUUAAAGCUUACGGAAGAGAAUAUUGCCUUAAAACAAGACAUUGAAUCGUACAAGACACAGCUUGAAAACCUGAACCUUGAAUUGAAGGAAGCAAAGAAGCAAAAACCUCCCGUAAUUGUACAUUCACCCCCAACACCAACCACCAAAGUUUCAACCAAGCCGGAGGAUAUCAAGCUUACCAACAAGUACAUUGCUCAAUUGGAAAAGGAUUUAGCCCAAAGUAGAAGGGAUGAGCAACAACGAGUUUCAGAAUUGGAACAAACUCACCAAGUGCUCCUCAAAUACAUGAAUAAGUAUAAGGACACUAAGGAUCGCGCAGAAAAGUAUUGGAAGAAAAUUUGCGAGUUAAAAACUUUACAACAAGAGGUUCAUGAUUUGAAAGUUUUGUUGCAACAAUUUGAACAGGAAGACGUUGCAAAGGAGAAGCUCAUCACCCAGCUUCGAGACAUCAAUAAGAAGCAAGAGGAAGAAAUCAAGACACUCAAAAUUGAAGUAAGACAGCACACCAAUUCGCUCAACACAAUGGGAAUUGCAUUGAGUAAGGGUAUUGCCUCAGAUGCAUUAAAUCUCUCCGUAGAAGAAUUGCUAGGAGAGACAGCAAGCAUUUCUUCAGUGAGGGGUGGUUUUGAAGAGGAAAACUUGGAUGAACAAUUGGCAUUCCAAAGAAAUUUGUAA